AUGGCAUUAUCUGAGCGACCCAGGUCUCACGACUCAGGUCGGAAUUCUUCGUUGCAGGAUAACGCGCAGGCUCAUCUCCCUUCGAUACUAGUAUCCACGGCGACAGACCAGACUCCGUCGUCUGCAAAGGCCGGCGAAGCCCAAGUUCCACACGUCGACAAGAAAGAUGGCAACGGACAUACAGUGAUAGAAACAGCCUCGAGUUCAGCAAGUCACAAUGCAAAAACAGACGCUGGUCCUGGUGUUGUCCCGACUGCGACUAAGAGAAAGGAAAUUGCUCUUGCAUGGAUUCCGGCAUGUCUCACUGUCAUAAUGCUCGUGCUGACAGCGUUGUACGCCCUUAGACCGGGUCUGUGGAAGAGCGACUUUAUCAACUCGUCUCCGAGCAACGCCAUUUUCGUUCUCCGAGCCUUGUCUGAAGUGACGGGUUUCCUCCUUGCUAUUACCGUGGCCUCUGCAUUUGAGCUGCUGCAAUGGCUUUUGACCGUGCGCGAGGGCGGCAUUCCGCUAGCCGAGUUCCUGUGUCUUCAACAGGGGACUGGAAUAUUGGGACUGAUACAAAUCACUGCUGGGCCAAACUUCAGAGUUGGGACAAGGUUCUGGGGAGCCCUCAGGCUGCUUGCUGUGGCCUCGUUGCCGAUAUUGGGAGUCUUGAUCAUGAGCGAGGUGGGAACAGUCCUCAGAUUCGACAAGGUGGGCCAGACAGUCGCGCCCCUGGGAUUCGGGCUUGGAUCCUUGAACACGAGCGUCGCCGUCACGUUGUCCCCCUUUACCGAUAUCCUCCUCGGAGCGUCUUUCAGCCAGUUUCUGGACGAUCCCACACAUGCGGUAGACAUCUCAGAUGUCGAUCGCAGAAGAGCUUGCUCCCCUUCGGUUACUGAGGAGAUAGCUGCACAGAUAACAACAGAUGCUCAUCCCCGAGCCGACACCUGGCUCGUCGAGGACCACCAAGGCUAUGUUCUUCGCUUCACGGAGGGAGACCAAAAGUGGGUGUUUGAAACUGGCACAGAAUGUCGGACGUAUUACACCGAAGCCGUGGGAUCUACACUGGGGGCUUUCAGGCUUUGUGCAAAAAACGUCGGCCCCAGUCAAAUAGAGGCCAGAAUAUCAAGCUGCAGCUAUGCAGACACCCUCACUGGGAGCUGUGGCAAGGAGUCGACAUGGAAUUCCACCCCGGCUUGGACCACAAGGCUAUCCUCAACUUUCCGCCAGGCCAAGAUUGCAUAUUCGAGACUCAAUGGCACUAUCAUCUCCCACGAGUUCAGCACACUGCCAGAGACAGUGGCACCACUCCAGUCGGCGGAUCUAUUAGGAGCAUGGGACAAUUUCUUGGGCCUCGCGAAUUCCACAGAUCUUACCACGUCGACCACUCUGGAAAUCCUGGGGCUGGGAGCCGGUAAAUUCAUGUUCCCAGCCAUGAUCGCCUCGAUGCUGAACUCGAUUACCGAACUCUCUCCACAUAGUCCGGCCCUUCAGACCAGGGCGGUCAAUGCGCUACAGGCACUGCUGGCAAUACCCGUCUACUUUUGCCAGACAGGCUACAUUGAACGGCAGGCGGUCUCGGAGCUACCGAGCAAUAUCCUCUUGACCAACUACGACAACAUCAAUCUUCCCGCCGGACUCAAACGCAACAGCCCUGUUUACUUCACCGUCAGCAGAAAUCAGAUUGUCGUGGGACUGGCGUCUGUUAUCGCCUACGUGAUCCUGAGCGGGUUUGUAUUGAUAUUGUGCUUUUUGGCACUGGGAGGCGGAGUUUUGACCAAGAGAUUCAGCCAUGUCCCCGACACCACUUCAUUCCCACUGCUGGACUUUUGCCGCCAUUGCGUUGUAACGACCAAGAAUGGAGUGCCCACGACAAAUGGGACGCUCCAGAGCACCGAAAGAUACGACGACAUCGCCAUAAGGGAGAUGGAUGUGAAAAUGGCAAAAAAAACUGCAUAUUCUUCGGCCUACGAGAAACCACCCGCAUAG